AUGAGCGGCAGAAGCGGAGGAGCCGGACACGUGUCGUCGUUUCGUUCGCUAAAGCCCCUGGAUCUGAGGAGCGAGGAGUCGCGGAAUGCGGCGAUCCCGCUGGGGCCGGAGGGCGCGGUGCUGCACGGGCGGCUCGACAACGGCGUGACGUACUACGUGCGCCGCAACAGCAAGCCGCAGCACCGCGCCGCGCUUGCGCUGGCUGUCCGCGUUGGGUCCCUGGCAGAGGAGGAAGCAGAACGAGGAGUGGCGCACAUACUGGAGCACCUAGCCUUCAGCGCGACACGGCGCUACAGCAACCAUGACAUCGUGCGCUUCCUCGAGAGCAUCGGGGCGGAGUUCGGCGCGUGCCAGAACGCGUACACGUCAGCGGACGAGACGGUGUUUGAGCUGCAGCUGCCCGUCGACAAGCCCGAGCUGCUGCCGCAUGCCGUGUCCAUCCUCGCGGAUUUUGCGAGUGAGAUCCGCGUGUCGGAGGAAGACGUGGAGAAGGAGAGGGGCGCGGUGCUGGAGGAGUGGCGGGAGAGGCGCAACGCCAUGGGGCGCAUGCAGGACGCGCACUGGCACCUGCUCAUGCAAGGCAGCAAGUACGCGGAGCGGCUGCCCAUUGGCCUGGAGUCGGUGAUCCGCGGAGUGUCAGCAGCGGCAGUGAAGCGCUUCUACCACACGUGGUACCACCCCGCUAACAUGGCCGUGGUUGCUGUGGGGGACUUUCCUGAUGCCCAGGCAGUGGUGGACCUGAUAGCGGAGCACUUCGCCGCCAAGCUGCCGCUCUGCCCCUCUGCGCGCCCUGCAGUGCCGGAGGAGCCCUUCCACCCACACGCACAGCCGCGCUUCUCCGUCUUCGUUGAGAGGGAGGCUGGCGGGUCAGCAGUGAUGGUGACGUGCAAGGCGCCAGUGCACCCAAUGGUGACCCCGUGGGACUACAGGCAGUAUCUGGUGGAGGAGCUAUUCCAGGCCGCCCUCUCGCACCGCCUCUUCCUGCUCUCGCGCCGCCCCAACCCGCCCUUCUAUGCCGCUGCUGCCACGGUGGAGUCUCUUGUCAAGUCCACCCGAUCGUUCUCACUCAGCGCCACUUGCCAGGAUAAGGGCACUCUCAAGGCGUUGGAGGCGCUGUGGAUGGAGGUCGCUCGAGUGCAAGUGCACGGCAUCUCGGAUCGAGAGUUGGCGAUGGCGAGGGUGCAGUGUCUGGCGGACAUAGAGUCCGCCUAUGUGGAGAGGGAGCAGACGUACAGCGAGGCGCUGAGGGAGGAGUACUUGGCGCACUUCUUGCGAGACGAGCCCUCGCCUGGCAUUGAGUACGAAGCCCGACUCGCCAAGGCACUGCUGCCAGGCAUCGCAGCAGCAGAAGUGGCAGCAGUGGCAUCGGAGAUAUCCCCCAGCAGCAGCUGCGUGGUGAAGAUCGUGGAGGCCAGGGCGCAGGCCACCGUGCAGGCGAUUCAAGGCGUCAUCGCCCGCGUGAUGCGCGCUCAAGAGGCCACUCUCGCUGCCAUGCGCGCUCAAGAGGCGAAGCGAGUUGAAGAAGAGGAGAGGAGGGUUGCUUCGGAGGCUGCUCAUGCUGCUGAUCGGGAGAAGGAUGGGGAGGAAUCGGCUGGGGUGGUUGAGAGUGGUGGCGAGGGAGCAGCAGCAGUGGCAGACGGGGAUGAAGAGGCGAUGGAGCUGAUAGAGCCGUGGACGCUGGACGACAUUCCCGAGAGCAUCGUGCAGACUCCGCCCGUUCCGGGGGAGGUGGAGGAGCAGAGGGAGUAUCCAGGCGUGGGGGUGACGGAGCUGCGGCUCUCCAAUGGCAUGCGCGUGGCAGUCAAAUGCACCGACUUCCUUGACGACCAGAUUCUCAUAUCAGGCUAUGCGUACGGGGGUCUCUCAGAGGUGUCAGAGGCGGACUACUACACGGCGGCCAUGGCGCAGAGCAUAGCGGGCGAGGCGGGUGUAUUCGGCCACCCGCCAGCUGUCAUGGCGGAGCUGCUGGCCGGCAAGCGCGUGGAGGUGGGCGGCAAGCUCUCGUCCUACAUGCGCGUGUUCUCGGGGGAGUGCUCGCCAGACGACCUCGAGACGGCUCUGCAGCUGGUGUAUCAGCUGUUCACGUGCAGCAUCAGGGCGGAGGCGAAGGACAUAGCGCUGAUCAAGCAGAUGACGCGCGAGGCCGUGCGCGGACAGCAGCGCGACCCCUUCACUGCCUUCGCCAACCGCGUGCGGGAGAUCAGCUACGGGCGCAGCUACCAGUUCAAGCCAAUAACAGAGUCGGAUCUGAAAAAGGUUGAUUACAGUAAGGCGUGCGAGUACUACGAGAGGGCGUUCAAGGACCCAUCGCCCUUCACUGCCGUCAUUGUCGGCAGCACAAAGCUCGAGCAGGCGCUGCCCCUCAUCAAGCAGUACCUGGGCGGCAUCCCAGUGCCUCCGCCAUCAGCCGCCAUGCCACGCUACGAGCGCGACUCACUCACGGCGCUGCCCUUCAAGUUCCCCGACUCCCUCAUCCGGGAGGAGGUGAGGAGGGUGAUGGUGGAGGCGCAGGGCUACACGCAGAUCACCUUCCCCCUCAACAUCCCCGCCGGCCCCAAAGUCGUGGAGGAGACGAUGUGGGUGGGCUUCCUCACGAAGCUGCUGGAGACGCGCAUCAUGCAGCUGCUGCGAUUCAAGCACGGCCAGAUCUACACGGUGUCGGCCUCGUCCUUCCUGGGGGGGGCGCGCCCAUCACGAGAUGGCGGGGUGCGGGGGGACCUGGCAGUCGCAUUCUCCUGCGACCCUGCCACCGCCUGGUCGCUUGUGGACCUGAGUGUGGGGGAGAUAGAGCGCGUGCAGAGGGAGGGGCCAGAGGAGGAGGACGUGAAGACGGCGCGGGAGUUGGAGCAGCGCGCACACGAAAUGGGGCUGCAGGAGAACUCCUUCUGGCUCGACCGUGUGGUGCGCGCAUACCAGACGCGCCUGUAUGACGGCAACGUGGAUGAAUCGUUUCAGGCACUGGAGGACAUUCGCCUGCGCCUCAUCAGCCAGCUCAGCGCUGACUCAGUCCGCGCCAUGCUGACUCAGCUUCUCCCGGUGCCAUGCUCCAAGCAGUACACAGCUGUCAGCCUCGUGCCAACACAGCCCCUGUGGCGCCGCCUGCUGUCACUGCCGCCCAAGCAACACCCAGGCCUCACUUCCGAAUCCAAAGUGAGCCUGCUUUCCAAAGUGUCACCUUCUCUCAUGGCUCGUGUCCGCACCACCUCUCAUGGCUCGUGUCCGCACCUUCUCUCAUCCGCCUACUUUCUAGCCGCAUCUCGUCUCCUUGUGCGCUCUCUAGUGGUGAUCACAUGCCAUUCCCUUCAUAUCCUCCCCAUUCUCUUGUUCGUUUCCCCAUUACAGGCACUGCUUGCUGUGCUGGCUGCUGCUGCCAUUGGAGUGGUGCUGUGGCGCUGUCGACCCAGGCACUAG